AUAUAAAGUCCUUAGCUUUGGAAACUGUCGUCGUUUCUUUUGUUUUCUCUGUAUCAAACUUUUCCAGUGUUGCCAAUCAAAUCUCAGCCCACCUAGCUGCCGCGUCUACCGACCCCAUCGCGCGCGAACCCAAAUUUUUCUGUCUAAGCUUGGGUCUCAUCGCCCGAGAGCCUCAGGUCUCCUGCCUCCUUGACCAUCAUCGUCGAGAGGACCGGUGACAAGUACCAGGUCCAGGUGGCCGAAAGCAGGGACCUUCAAGUCACCAAUCUCAAAAGGUGCCAUGGACAUCCCUCCGCCUCUUAGUAAAUUAGCUCUGCAUUUGGUUAAUCACGACGACAAGGACAAGAAAUACGUAGUUCUAGUAGCAACUGGAAGUUUCAAUCCUCCUACUUAUAUGCAUUUACGAAUGUUGGAGCUGGCAAGAGAUGCACUGAGUUCAGAAGGCUUUUGUGUCAUUGGAGGUUAUAUGUCACCUGUUAAUGAUGCGUACUAUAAGAGGGGCCUUAUAUCUGCUGAACAUCGUGUACAGUUGUGCCGUCUAGCCUGCCAGAGUUCAGAAUUUAUAAUGGUUGAUCCUUGGGAGGCAAGACAGAGUAGCUUCCAGCGCACUUUAACUAUUCUGUCUAGAGUCAAGGGUUCCUUGUCUGAGGCUGGGCUGAUACCCAGUGAAUCCCUUAAGUGCAUGCUUGUGUGUGGCUCUGAUCUACUCCACUCUUUUGGCAUUCCUGGAAUUUGGAUUGCUGAGCAGGUCAGAGGCAUAUUUAGAGAUUAUGGGGUGGUUUGCAUUCGCAGGGAAGGACAAGAUGUUGAUAAAAUUAUCUCAAAUGAUGAAAUUUUGAAAGAGAACAGGGGUAACAUAAGAAUCGUGGAUGAACUUGUACCGAACCAAAUAAGUUCAACGAGAAUAAGGCAUUGCAUUUCAAGAGGAUUGUCAAUAAAAUAUGUGACUGCAGAUGAAGUAAUUGAUUACAUUAGACAACAUCAGCUGUACUUGAACUCAAAUGACAUGUGAUGAAGAUGAUCAUCAACAGAAAGAUCUUCCUCAUUUUCUUCCAUCUCAAAGACUUCAAAAUAAGUUGAUCACAUUCAUCCUAAGCUCAUUAAGAAAAUAAUCUCAAACCAUUUUUUAGCAAAUGCAUAAUUUGGUAUGUGUAAUAGAUCAAAGAAACUAACUUAGUUUAUACUCAAAUACAUAAUAGAAUCUAUAGAUACAGAUACAGAUCUUCUCUAACAUGUGCUAAGGCUGUAGAUGGCCUUUUCUUUGCUAAGGUUGCCGAGCCAUCAGCGGUAGUUGAUGGGCUUAAAAAGGUAGAAUUCAACGAUGUGUUGUUGAAUGUUGAAGAUGUGAUAACACAAUUUGGAUGUGCAUGGCUCAUGAGCAUGUGAAUCUGACAACUGAAGCUGAUAGUUGAAGUCAAAGCUUCACAUGGGCUUUUUUGUCUUACCAUUUUGUACACACUGAAAUUUACUCCGACAGAGACCAAUAGGGGUGGCUCAACCUUUGGCUCAAUUUUCUUAGGGUAGUGCUUAGGCUAUAAUAUGAGUAGAAAUUAUGUGUGCAGGAUGUUCGUCGUUUUUUAAAAGACAAAUUGUAUUUGAUAUUGCUGAUGUGUAUCGAUAAGACGUCAAUAUAUUUUAUUCUUGACA